ACAAUAUACACGUUCUAAUUCUAACAAUGAUUAUGCGUAUAUAUUCUUAGUCUAGCUUUGAUAGUCAGUGUGGUAUCGCCAAUCCGGUCGGUUGUAGUCCCUGUUUCCGUAGUUCUAGAAAUAUUUUCUCUCGAUCAAUAAAUAAUGGCACUUCGAGUGAUGUUUGUUUCUCGCAAUGCUAAGCAAUUAGCUAGCACAUUGGAAUACACCAUGCUUAGGUGUAUGUCAACUGGAAGUGCAUCCAAAAAUAUCGGUUUUAUUGGACUUGGUAACAUGGGUGGCCAUAUGUCCAGUAAUUUGAUUAAGAAUGGACACAAACUACAUGUUUUCGAUAUUUCAAAAGCUGCAUGUGAUGCUGUCAAAGCCAAAGGUGCAACAGUCUACACCAAUACUAGUGAAUUGGCGAAAAAUUCAGAUUUCGUUAUAACAAUGUUGCCCAACAACGAUAUCGUCUACAACACUUACAACGACAUCAUUAAGGAUGGUGUUAAUAAGGGUACUGUUUUCAUUGACUCCUCAACUAUUGAUCCUACUGUGGUUAAAUCUGUUCAAAAGAUUAUCAGUGAAAAAGGAGCUCACUUCGUUGAUGCUCCUGUUUCGGGAGGUGUUCCUGGAGCUGAACAGGCUACACUAACUUUCAUGGUUGGUGGAACCACAGAGGAAUACAACAUUGUUAAACCGAUUUUGGAAUGCAUGGGAAAACGUAUCACACAUUGUGGGGAUUAUGGAAUGGGUCAAGCUGCAAAAAUCUGCAACAACAUGAUGUUGGGUAUUUCAAUGAUUGGAGCUUCUGAGGCUAUGAAUUUGGCCAUCCGCUUGGGAUUGAAUCCAAAAACUUUUGCAGACAUUAUCAACUCAUCGACUGGUCGUUGUUGGUCAACAGAAGUUUAUAACCCAGUUCCCGGGGUAGUUCCAAGUGCACCAGCUAAUAAUGGUUAUAAGGGAGGAUUUUCGACUGACCUUAUCACAAAGGACUUGGGAUUAGCUUCUGGAGUAGCAACUGCUUCCAAUACACCAAUUCCAAUGGGUGCCAUGGCUCACCAGGUUUAUCGUACUUUAAAGGCACAUGGUUUGGGAAACAAAGAUUUCUCAGUGGUCUAUGAAUUCAUGAAGAACGAGAAGAACAAUUAGACUAAAAGAAAAUAUCCAAGAUCUGAAACAGAUUUCGUCUUAAAAUGUGCAUUUAUAUUGGUAUUUGAUAAAAUAGAUAUAUUAACUGAAUUAUAAUAAAUAUUUUGUAAAUAAUA